ACCUUUAACCUUUGCAGAGUACUUCCUGUUUGAAGUGCGUGUGGAUUCACGUGGAGUGUAGUGUGUUUGCAGUAUCAGAGAGUAGAUUUGGAUUUAGACAGUAAAAUGACACAGCUGGAUGGGGUCGUAAAACCCAAAACAAAACGAUCCAAGAGAUUUCUUCAAGGUAGAGAACCCAAACUUAACGAAAAUAUAAAAAAUGCGAUGCUUAUUAAAGGCGGGAACGCAAACCAGACAGUAACCCAGGCACUGAAAGACAUUUAUUCCCUAAAGAAACCCAAUGCAGUCAUGUACAAAAAGAAAAAUAUAACCCGGCCUUUUGAAGACCAAACAAGCCUUGAAUUCUUUUCCAAGAAAUCUGACUGCUCUUUGUUUUUGUUUGGGUCCCAUAAUAAGAAAAGACCCAACAACCUUAUUUUUGGUCGGAUGUUUGAUUUCCAUGUGCUGGAUAUGAUUGAACUGGGGAUUGAAAAGUUUGUGUCUUUGAAGGACUUCAAGAACAGUAAGUUCCCAGAAGGGACAAAACCAUUACUGAUCUUUGCAGGAGAUGCAUUUGAGACAGAUAACGAACACAAAAAGCUGAAGAGUCUCUUAAUCGAUUUUUUCCGUGGGCCUACAGUACCGUGUGUCCGCUUGGCCGGCCUUGAACAUGUUCUACAUAUCACAGCACUGGAAGGGAAGAUCUACCUUCGAAGCUACAAGGCUUUGCUGAAGAAGUCUGGAUGCAGGACCCCAAGGAUAGAGCUGGAAGACAUGGGCCCCUCCUUUGAUUUCACAAUGCGCAGGACACAUCUAGCAUCCGAUGAUCUCUACAAGACCGCACACAGGCAGCCCAAAGCCCUUAAGCCAAAGAAGAAGAAGAACGUUUCCCACGAUGUCUUUGGCACGAAGUAUGGGCGUCUCCACAUGCAGAAGCAGGAUCUGGCCAAGUUGCAGACCCGCAAAAUGAAGGGGCUGAAAAAGAGGAAAGGAGAAAAAGCGGAGGGAGAGGGAGAGGAAGUGGAAGCGGAAGCAACCACUGCAAAGAAGGCAAAGACUCAGUGAUUGAAAUGCUGACUGCAGCCCUGGACGAUGGUUUUAUCCUUGUCAUUUUGUGACAAAAUUACUGCUUUCUUUGUUGUAGCUAUUUCAGAAACGUUCACAAUCUGUCGGUGUACCAAUUUUUUUAAACAUUAUUUCUAUGUGGUACUGAAACAUCUGACAUCUACGCAGUGGGUUGGGGCUGCUACAUUGCAGGCAAUUGCUUAGUGAAAAAAAAUCUAAUAGUUUUGUGUUUUACAUGUAACCCAAUCGCUUCUCCAAAGAGCCGGUACUGAUUUUGUUUUGGAAUUGAAACACAAGCAUGUACCUUGUUAUGAAUUUAAAGUCUGUAUACAUGCUUCAAUGUUGAGUAUUUCAGUGCUGCAGUAAAAUGUAUUAAGAAGGAUUAGAGAAGCAGCAGUAGCAGUAUAGUGCUUGGGUUUCCACGUAAUUGUAAUAAAAACAAACACUCGACUUUU